UAUUAUAGUUUUUACUAUCCUAAAUUAAACUUGCUAGCACAAGUUUAAUCUUGGACUCCGGAGCAAGUUCGUGUGGAUACGUUGGAGGCUUCAUACGUUUGGCGCUACGUUCAUCUCCUCAAAACCAUCCCCGACCGUUCCUCCGUUCUCCGUUUUCACCGUUAAGGUAAAUUUCUUACUAUAGCUAGUAAUUUACGUAAGUUAUUCUUGGGAGGAAUCGAGUUUUGGACUAUAAAUUUUUGUUUUCCGCUGCGUUAUCCAAGCCUCGUUUCCCAACAGUGGUAUCGGAGCCGGCUUACGAAGUUACUAGUUUAGUAGUUUUUACCGUUAUUGUUUUUGUAGAUUAGUCAAUAAAUUUUGGAGACAAAAAUUUAUCCCAUUAAAAAUUUAAUUAGGUGGCCAUAUUUAGAUACUGGACCUAAUAUUAUUUUGUUCAGUAAUUUUCGGAAUUACUGUUUGGGGGCAAGAUGCAAAGCACAACUAUAGUUAAAUGAAAUAUGGAUCUGGCCCAAUUAAGAAUUUUAUUUAAAAGAAUCCACCGAACCAAGAGUUGUAAUAACGAUUGCAAUUGGAAUGAAUUCCUACCUAAAUAAUUUAACUGUUCCGUACCUGAGGGUAGUUGACUUGUUAGAAAUAGUGGGAGAGUAUUUAAUAAAGACCUAUUAGAUACUUAAUUCAUGAUAAUAACUAUCUUCGCAAAAUUCUGUAGAUGGCAAACAACAACACAAACAACCUCGCCCUGCGUUCCAUUCUGGAUAAAGAUAAAUUGAACGGAACAAACUUUGUUGACUGGCAACGCAAUCUCUGCAUUGUUCUCCGCAUGGAUGAGAAAGAGUAUGUGCUCGAAAAGCCCAUUCCUCCUGCCCCUCCCGCUAACGCCCCGAAAGCGGUCAAAGAUGCCUACGAGAAACACGUUAAGGAUGACAACCAGGUUAGCUGUGUCAUGCUGGCUACCAUGAUAACCGAGCUGCAAAAACAGCACGAGGACAUGAAGGCCCACGAGAUGAUCGUGGCCUUGCGGCAGCUAUACCAGGGGCAAUCCAGGCAUGAACGUUUUCUCGUGAGUAAGGCUCUCUUUAGUUGAAAGCUCUCUUCAGGGAACCCGGUCGGUCCGCACGUUCUCAAAAUGAUUGGUUACAUAACCAAUCUGGAGAAACUCGGGUUCUCCUUGCAGAAGGAGUUGGCAACGGACAUGAUCCUGCAGUCGCUCCCUGAGCUGUAUAAGGGUUUUGUCAUGAACUACAUGAUGCAUGAUCUUGACAAACCCCUUCCGGAGCUUCUUAAAAUGCUCCAGACUGUAGAGGAGAACCUUACUAAGGGCAAGGGUGCUUCCGUCCUUAUGGUCCAAGGCGGAAAGGGGAAGCCGAAGAAGGGGAUUAAGAUUAAGGCUAGGACGGUCGGAAAGCCUAAAUCGAAGUCCACUUCAUCUGUAACCCAGAAACCCAUAGGAGGAGUUGCAAAGGGCAAAUGUCAUCACUGUGGUAAGGCAGGGACUGAAGCAGAGUAGACGGUUAGCUCGAGGCGAGAUUGAACUCCGAGUCGGCAAUGGUGCACCUGUUGCAGCUUUGGCAAUCGGAACUUAUAGUUUAGUCUUGCCUAGUGGUCUAAUGU